AUGGCAAAAUACUUGCACAUGAGAUGUCCCACGCCGACCUCGAUACACAGCAACAGCCACGGCAACACACCCUCGAGAAAAGCUCCAUUCACACCUGGGAUAGGUGACGAGACGAACGAAACCACAAGAAAUACGGAAGCGAUAGUACACAAAAAGAGCGUCAGCCACAAACGCAAUGAAUCACUGAGCGACCGCAAAGAUGUACUGAAGAUCUCGAAAUGCGGCUCAACCACACCACAGAGGAAGAAGAGUGUCAAGGGCCGCAUCAGUUCGGCGGUGCGAGUAUGUUUCUCAUUGAAUCUUGUUUAUGUAUAA